UUAAUCAUUGAGAAUUGAUUUUUUUUUUAAAGAAAAUUCCAAAAAGAAAACAAAUUUUUUUGUUCGAUGGAAUAUCCCCUUAAAGCGUGUAAACUAAUGGAGUCUAAUAUGGAAUUCUGUAGGAGCACAGGAGGCGUAUCAGAUCCUAACAAAGGCCGAUCUGAAUUAGGCUUAAUAUUAACGCUUUGAAAGCGAGCAAAACAAUCGAGCGUUCGUCCUUAUAGUAAAAUGGCAUCCGCGUCUUUGAAGGGCACUCGCAAGACGUAUAGCUUCGAGGAGCGGAAGAUCCUGAUAUCACUGAUAAACAAGCACGAGAUCGUUCAGGAUAGGAAAUCGGAUCCGAUCUCUAUAUGCAAACGGAAGUCGGCGUGGUCGCGAAUCGCCGAGGAGUACAACUCGAUGGUAGGAUCCCGGGGCGCGCGUUCCGCCGUGCAGCUCAGGCGUUGCUGGGAGAAUAUGAAGGCUUGUAAGCGCAAUCGCGAGGAAAGAAAGUUACGUGACAAUAUGAAGGCGAUUUGUCAAUUAACAAAAGACGCGAGGAGUCAGCAUUGGGAAGGCAGAAAUUGUGAUCAGAAUGUGCUGGAAGCGUCAGUAUCUACUAGAAGUACUGGUUUGCCACCUAAUGUAGUAUUUGAGCCAAAGGAUUCAGAGCCAUUCACAUUGCAAAGUGUUUGCAUUACCGGAUAUCAAAAUCCAAACUGCCUGAAGAAAGAUGUAAAUAGUUGCGAAGAUUCAAAUUUUGGCGGUGCAUUGGAGCAAAUGAUCGCUGAUAAAGAGAAAUGCGACACAAUUGCAUCGUCCCCCGAUGCGAUAAAAGACUAUUAUGAGAAGAAACGAUUGGUGAUGAAAAGAAACGCGGACUCUCCUACGAUUGAUCAGUCGGCGGACAACGGUCUUGAGAAAAUCACGCGCCGAGAGAGCCACGCCAAUCCAGGAUCAAGUGCCCUGUAUACUUUGAUCUCGCCUCGCAUUGUGCAAGAACAUAAUCACAAGAGGAAAUCCGCACGGGAGGAAGAGCUGCACGUACUAGCGCUUUCGGAGGCACGAAUGAAGGUCGAUAUCGCUGCCAUGUUGAAAGAGGAAGCGAGGGUCAAACUGGAGGAAGCUCAUUAUCGCAAGGAGGAAGCCAGGCUCCGAAUGCUGCUCUUUACUUACAAACUGGAUAGGAUCAAAGACGAAUGAAGAAACUUGAGGGAUAAUUUUGUUGGAAUGGGACGCGUUGUCGUAAGUCCAUUAUUUUUUUUUUUUUUCUAUUUUUGUUGCCCUGAUCCGAUGCAUUGGUGCCGAUGCUGGCGCUCGUAAGCAAGAUAUGGAUCGGUUAUGUACAAUAUAAGAUACAUAAACGCAGCUACGUCUGUAUAAUACUAAUUUAUUUCUCAUAAAUGUAAAAUUAGGAUAUCAUAAUAAAUAUGUGAACCUUCUGAUGAUCUUUUACUUGCUAGUAAUUAAUAAUUGUUACGUUAUGUGAUAUUAUUUGGCUUGUGAAUGAACGUUGCGACUUUUGACGAAUGCAUACGCGACGGAGAGCUGACAAAAUUAUGAGAAUAAUAUAAAAGAAAAACAUUUCGAUGUUUACGUUAUUCGUAUUCCUUGUGUGUCUGGAUCAGUCAUUUUUGUUGUUAAAAUAUAAGAGCAUAGAGAACUCGUUUAUUCCAAAUAAAAAAAAAAAAAAAA